AUGUCCAACAAAGACCGCCUAUACAUUUGUCGCCAUGCAAGAGGAGGACAGCCAAGACUGCGUGACCUGGAAGAUACCUAUCAUUGGGCUUUCAUGAUCGGCCCUAAGGUGGAAGAGCCGGACAAGGACGGCGUGCGAUACCGUGCAAAAAACAAGGUGACCCAAGACGGGAUACAUUGGGAGUUUGAGAAGGGAACUGUGCCUCUCCGACCAACCAAUAUGUUGUUAGUGCGGGUUUUGAUCGGCAAAGUCGACGACCUGUCCCGUCUUGAUGCAAUCUUGUGCCGAACCCCUGUGAAAGACGGGGCGAAGGACUGGAACUGCGUGGCGUGGCUGAAGGAUGCUCUGGAGCUUGUGGGCAAGGACAAAGCUGCUCUCGGAACAAGCGUCAUUCCGUGGGAUACUGUUCGGAAAGCCGCAAUGGAGUACUGCAAUCAGAAGAGGCGGCCGGACGGUUCUCUACACAGUAUGAUCCAGGGAAGAUUCCAACCUACGACCUUCUGGAGCGCAAAGAGAUAA